GUACAUUUCCAUGAGUUACGCAAUGCAAUCUGGACUUGGGACCACACUUAAUUUUCUUUAUAGCAGCAGCGAGAGGAGCUUCAUGCUAAAGAAACGAGGAAACCAUGAAUCUUCAAGGAUCUUCUCAUUGUCUUUUUGCCAUACUCAUCAUCACCCUCGCUUCAUCUGCUCUAGCUGGUAAGAUCCUUGUUUUUCCCGUGGACGGCAGCCACUGGGUAAAUAUGAAACUGCUGAUUGAGGAUCUGCAUCACGGGGGUCAUGAGGUGACCGUGGUGAGGACAACCAGCAGCUGGUACGUCGAAAAGGACUCGCCCCACUACACAUCCAUAACCGUGACCCUACCGGAAGCCAUCAGCAUUGAGGACCAAGAUUUCUUUGUUUCGUUCCUGAACAAAAUGCUCAAGAUACAGAAAGCAAAAGGAUCCCCGUUCGCCCUAAUGCAGUUCUACUGGGAGAUGUUGACGGGGCUCUCCAAACUACACAAACAGGCAAGUCAGCUGGUGGUGGAGAUGUUUGAGGACCCGGUACUUAUGCAACAGCUUUACAAAGCCCGUUACGAUGUAGCUCUUAUUGAUCCGGGCCUACCUGCGGGUGUGCUGGUGGCUCAUAAACUCGGCUUACCCACGGUGUUCAACGUGAGAUGGAUCACCAGCGGAGAAGCGCACUUUUUUGUGGCACCCUCGCCACCUUCAUACGUCCCAGCGGCUGGCAGUUCACUCCCCAACCACAUGUCCUUCAUCGAGAGGGUCCAGAACAUGCUCUAUUAUGGACUGAACAAAUUCAUAGAUGGAUUCAUCGUAAGCCCGGUUUAUGACGAAUUAGCAGCACGUUACUUUGACCCUGACACCAAUUUUCAGGCCCUGCUGCACAGGACAGACAUCUGGCUCAUCCGAUCGGAUUUUGUCUUUGAGUUCCCGCGCCCGACCAUGCCCAACAUCGUGCACAUCGGAGGCUUCCAAUGCAAACCGUCCAAGCCUCUACCGGCAGACCUGGAAGAGUUUGUGGAAGGGUCGGGAGAACACGGAGUGAUUGUGAUGUCACUAGGGACGCUUGUAAAAGGUCUACCUACUGAAAUAUCCUCUGAGAUCGCUGCCGGGUUUGCUCGGCUUCCUCAGCGAGUGAUUUGGAGAUACCUGGGAGAGCGUCCUGAUAAUUUGGGGAACAAUACUCUGCUGGUCAAGUGGUUGCCUCAGAACGACCUGCUGGGUCACCCAAAAACACGGGCAUUCGUGGCUCAUGGCGGAACGAACGGGGUUUAUGAAUCUAUAUUUCACGGCGUUCCCAUUGUGGGUCUUCCACUACUUUUUGAUCAAUUUGAGAAUUUAUUGCGGCUUGAGGUACGAGGGGCAGCUAAAGUUCUCGAUGUCACCAAACUAGACAGCCAGAGUUUUUAUACAGCGGUGCAGGACGUGUUGCAUCGUCCGUCGUACAAGGACAACAUGAAGCGACUGUCUAGGAUACACCUCGACAAGCCUAUGCAUCCUCGAGACAGCGCCGUUUAUUGGAUAGAGUUUGUGAUGCGACACAAAGGGGCGGCACAUUUACGGACAGAGUCUUAUAAGAUGCCGUGGUACUCGUACUACUCCGUUGACGUAGUGGCGUUUUUGCUGCUCGUGGUGAUGGCAGUAGGGGGCGCUGUAAUCUUCACAAUACGCUUUCUGUGCCUCAGACUGUGUAGGACACAAAAAUCUAAACUUGAGUAAUGUAUGGAUCAGUGACAAAUAAACCUGGCUAUGUUUGUAUUCAUGUUUUUGUCUUUGUGUGAGAGUGAGGGUCACAUUUUCUGUACAGUAAUAAUGAAAAGACUGUUAAAGCAUAGUGCAACAUUCCAAACGAAUGCUGAUACACAAAACCAAUCCAAAAAUAACUCAAAAUGAUAAAAAAGAGAGAUCUGCACACAAACAUUUCUAAAAAUAAUGUAUUGUUCAGAGGCCACAAAAAGUGCAAAACGUUUUUGGCAAUGAUGAGGGUUUGAUCCCGAAACAUUUUGAGCACUUUGCACGGCCCCUGGACAAUAAAUUACUUUGAGCUUUUGGCCUAAUUUUUGUUUUUGGAUCUCCUUUUCCUGAAACUUCAAAAUGCUGCACUUUUAAAGCUCCACCAGGUGUCAGCAGUUUGUGUGUCAUGCUGUGUGUUUCACAGCCAGUAAAGGAGCUCAAUAUUAAAAGUGAAGAGUUUUUUUUUUUGUGCCGGUAGUGUCAGAAUUCAAGGGCAAAGUUUUUCCAAUAUUUAUACAAUGAUUAAUUGAAACAUGUAUAGUGACACUCAUAAUAUACAGUACACACUUCUCAUAUUGCACAGAAUAGAAA